AUGGCUGCUCGGCGUCCCAGGUUUCCGAGUUUGCGAAUCCCCUCUGUUCCGGGUUGCGUCUUGUUGCUCUCGCUGGCUGUGCAGCCGAGACUUACGUCUGGAAUCCAGGUCACUCCCAACUCGCCGUGUUCCAGCAUCUGCAUCGACAGCAGUGACCUGGACGUAUCCGACCCGAACUCGUCCAACACACUGAAAGCCGACCUUUCGUGUCAAGACUCCGACUUCACCUCCUCUACGGUGGGCCAGAAGUGGACGUCCUGCCUCAGCUGUCUGCAGAACAGUACCUUUUCCCAGGGCAGCGAAAACGACCAGGGCUGGUUCUUCUACAACCUGCGGUACAAUUUCGACUACUGCAUUUUCGGCUAUCCCAAUGGAUCCGACACCGGGACCAAUCCUUGCCAGACAACGACGGCUUGCGGGCAGUUGCUGAAUGCGCUGGAGGAUGGCAUCCCCGGCAUGGGCAACCACUCUGAGUUUGACUACUGCAGCGUGGACAGCAGCACAAUGACUGGCAGCGCCUACAGUCAGUGUCUCUCGUGUGUGUCUGCCUUGGACUCGGGCGUGACGGUAUCGAAUGCCCUCGUGGCCCUGGAAGCCGGCUGUAUCCAAAAGCCGUCUGGAGAGUUGGUCGUUGGUCUGAGCGACAGCGUUUUUGCCACGACCGUGAUCAGCAUCACGUCGGCCUCGAGCACAGCGUCCAGCACGUCGAGCAGGUCCAGAGGGUCCCACAUCCGGACAACCACUGCUGCGGCCAUUGCGAUCGUGGCCGUCGUGAUCGUGGCGGCAAUCUCUGCCGUCACCUUUGUGCUAUAUCGCAAGCGGAGGGCUCAACGCAGGCGAAGCGGCGGAUUCGGCAACGGCAGUCAGGGCAUCAAGAUCGACUCGCUCGGACUCGGCGGUUGUGACAUUGGCAGCCCCAUCCCCGGCGGCACGUUUUCGGGUGGCCUGAACCGGAUGUCAUACCUGCAGCCGAUGUCGAUGGCUUCAACCAUGAUGCAGAACGAAAGUACGUUGGAGAAGAGGAUGGGCAGGCCGGGUCUAGCAUCGGAAUCGCCUCUACACGUGGGUAUGCAGUUUGCUCCCGCCUCUGAGAGCAGGAGAGAUAUGUCGGAAUCGCAGCUGCUGCCCCUGUCACCAUCACCCUACACGGUGACAUCCGACCUUGCCUGUCCGCCGGCCUCCCAUCCCCAGGCCAGACUGCCAGAGCUGCCACAGCUCACCACGUUGCUGCCGAGAACCUCUAGAAAAGAGCCAUUGCCGACGUCGGCUGCGGCCGCGGCCAGCUUGCAGCACCUGUCGCCGAUGUCGCCGCCGUCUGCGUUUACACACACGCCCAGCAGCCAAGGCGGCUACUAUGGCGGCGGCAAUCGUAUCAGUCCAACCAUGUACGACUCGCCGGUGUUCUCGACGCCGACGUCGGCCACAGCACUGCUCCCGGCGGCGACAGCAGCGUUCCCCGAUGCCAGCAUGUCACCGACGGCACAGCUACGGCAGCAACAGGCGCAGGCGCUGUUCGCGCCAUACAUGCCGGCAGCGUACAGGCCGAACGCGGAAGACGGCGGUGGCUACAGCGGGUUUGGCGGGCUAGGCAUUGUGUCGGGCAGUAUGCCAUCGCAGCCAUCAACAGAUCUUCCGCCACGUCCGCUUCACAACAGCGGCUUCCAUGGCGCCACGUCACCUGACAGCAUGGGCCAUCUGGAGCGCAUGGACCUAGAGCUGGUGCAACAGGCGAACGUGCCCGGGCGAAAGAAGGCAAAGAAGGGCGGCAGCCCGGAGUCGACACAGUCGAUCAAGGUCGACUUUCCUGGGCCACCGGGACGGAGGUGA